AUGCUGAUGGGGAACCACUCUGCUGGGAAAAGCUCCUUUAUCAACUGGUAUGUAGAGGAGCACGUACAGCGUACCGGAGUUGCCAUUGAGACACAAGGGUUCAACUUUGUAACAAGUGGCCGUAAACGAGAGUCUCUCACGGGCAAUGCUACACUGCACCUGUACCCACAUUUCAAGCCACUGCAACAGUUCAAAGGGGUUUCAGAGUACUUGAGCACAGAAAUCUGCACAUCUCGGCAGAAGCGCUUCAGCCUUGUCACCUUUGUGGACUCCCCUGGCCUUGUGGAUGGAGACAUGAAGUAUCCAUUUGAUGUGGACGAGGUCAUCCUUUGGCUUGGAGAUCUCUCUCUCUCUGAGAGCGUCUGGGCCAAUGUGGACAAGUCUCUGGAGUGCAUCGUGCAGCGAGUGGACAAACUGCUGCAGAAGGAGCGGAGACGCAGCCAGAGCGGCGCCGACAGCAGCCUCAGCGCCACGACCACGCCCGCGACCACGACCACGACCAAGACCAAGACCAAGACCAAGACAGGUCUCUGA